GGCGACAGGGAGGGCGAGGGCGGCCCCGCCGAGGCUGCGGGGGGCGGCCGCACGGAGCCCGCUGCCCGGUUGAUGCCCGGCCCGCGCGGGACCGGCCCCAGCGGACCCGGCCGACACCCCACCCCCACCCCGCCCAGACCCCUGGGCCCCCAGCAGCGCCGGGCCUCCCACCGAGCAGCGGGGGCGGGUGGUGCCCGCGGACCCCCGCUCCGAGCCGCCCCCUCCGGGCCGCCCUCCGAGCCGUUCCGCAGCCUCCCCCGCCGCCGGCACCAUGCUCCCGCGGCUCCGGGGCCGGAUGGUCACCUCCCACCUGCUUCUCCUGCUCCUGCUGCUCCACAUGCUCCACGCUCGCCCACACCGCGCCUCCGGACCCCGGUUUCUCAUAAGUGACCACGAUCCGCAGUGCAACCUCCACUGCUCCCGCUCUCAGUCUAAACCCCUGUGCGCCUCGGACGGCCGGAGCUACGAGUCCACGUGUGACUACCAGCGGGCCAAGUGCCGGGACCCUGCCCUGGGGGUGGUCCACCGAGGCCGUUGUAAAGAUGCUGGCCAGAGCAAGUGUCGUCUGGAGCGAGCGCAGGCUCUGGAGCAGGCCAAGAAGCCACAGGAGGCCGUGUUUGUCCCAGAAUGCAGUGAGGAUGGCGCCUUCACGCAGGUGCAGUGCCACACAUACACUGGAUACUGCUGGUGCGUCACUCCGGAUGGCAAACCUAUCAGUGGAUCUUCGGUGCAGAACAAAACUCCUGUAUGUUCAGGCUCAGUCACUGACAAGCCCUCUGGGCAAGGAAACUCAGGAAGGAAAGUCUCUUUUCGUUUCUUUUUAACCCUCAAUUCAGAGGACGGGUCUAAGCCAACACCCACAAUGGAGACCCAGCCAGUGUUUGAUGGAGAUGAAAUCACCGCCCCUACCCUGUGGAUUAAGCACCUGGUCAUCAAAGACUCCAAACUGAAUAACACCAACAUAAGGAAUUCAGAGAAAGUCCAGUCCUGCGACCAGGAGAGGCAGAGUGCCCUGGAGGAGGCCAAGCACAGCCCCCGCGAGGGAAUCGUCAUCCCCGAGUGCGGCCCUGGUGGCCUGUACAAGCCCGUGCAGUGCCACCAGUCCACUGGCUACUGCUGGUGCGUACUGGUGGACACAGGGCGCCCGCUGCCCGGAACCUCCACCCGGUAUGAGACGCCCGUGUGCGAGAGUGAUGCCCGGUCCCGGAGCACGGAGGUGGAUGAUGCUUUCAAGGACAGGGAGCUGCCAGGCUGCCCAGAAGAGAAGAAAGUGGAGUUUAUCACCAGUUUGCUGGAUGCCCUGACCACGGAUAUGGUUCAAGCCAUUAACUCAGCAGCUCCUGCCGGAGGGGGAAGGUUCUCUGAGCCCGACCCAAGCCACACCCUGGAGGAGCGAGUGGUGCACUGGUACUUCAGUCAGCUGGACAACAACAGUAGCAAUGACAUCAACAAGCGGGAGAUGAAGUCUUUCAAGCGCUAUGUGAAGAAGAAAGCCAAGCCGAAGAAGUGUGCCCGGCGCUUCACUGACUAUUGUGACCUCAACAGAGACAAGUCCAUCUCCCUGCAGGAGCUCAAGGGCUGCCUGGGGGUCAGCAAGGAAGGAGGGAGCAGUGCUGGCAGCUUUCCCCAUGGAAAAAAACAAGGCAUGAACCCGUUCAGACGUCUCGUCUAGGUCCCGAACCAGAUGGGCUGGCUGGAGUGGACCGGAGAGAGGCAGGACCAGCAGAACCAGGCCCCCUUGCCCGUCGCCACUUCUGCCUCGGCCCCACCCCCACCCCGCUGCACCCCGGCCCCACCCCCUCGAGCUGUGCCCUGCUCCUCCCACCCCUUGAAGUUUGCACUUUGUAACCAUUGUCUUUCUGUUUGUUCUUUAACGCCAUUAUCUAAUCCUGCCGAGGGAAGAGAGAAGGAAACAGAGCCAGACUCCCUCUUGGAUCAGCUACUGAUGACUUAGGAUUUCGGGGUCUUUGGGACUCCAGAGAAGAAAGAUUUAUAUACUGUAUAUAAAUAUAUAUGGAAAUUGUACAGUUCUUUUGUACAGGCAUUGGAGUUGCUGUUUUCCCCACCUGCCCAAGGCUCUAGGCUAGCGAGGCCAUGGACCCUCCCCAUCUGUUGGCCCUGCCAGGCCCCCCCCACUUUCCUGUAAGAUCCACGGUCUCUGGAGCCACGGCCCCCACGUCCACUGCUCCCUGCAGCUAGGGGUCUGCUGUGGCAGGGGGCCAUAUCCAGAGGGGAGUGGGGGCCGGGAGGAAGUAAGUAAGAUGGGGUCUACCCAACAAGAAGGCUCUCCAGCUCCAGUUCCCAGGCCAGAGGUCCCCGAAAGGAGUCCCCCAAGAGUUGAACCUCCGUUAGUUGUUUCUUAGUUAAAAGUUGGGGGCUUAGCCGGCUGAGGAGGAGGUCAUAGGGUCAUAGGGCAGGGCUAGGGAGAUGGGGGGGGGGGGGGCACUGAGGGAUUGAUUAUCUGCCCAGUUCCGAGGAAGGCAGCCUGAAUAUCCAAAAUAGGGUCACCCAGGCCCCCUGCUAAGUAGCGUCCAGAACAAAGAUCCCCUUGCCUCUCCUGCGCCCUCCCCACCAACCUCCCCCCACCCCACCGUCCCCAGCCAACACCCAAGCAGGAGAGAGAAAAGGCUGUUCCCAGUGAGGCUGCCUGCAAGACACAUUUCCCUCCUCUGGCUGCAAAGUCCCCUCCAGCUCAUAGCAUCAGGUUUUCAUAAUAUUUGGUAAGUGUUAAAGUGCUUACUAUGUGCCGAGCACUGUACAAGUACAGUAUAUGCAGAUCAGACACAGUUCCUGUCUCACACAGGACUCACAAUCUUUGUGGGAGGGAGGACAGGUAUCUUAUCCCUCUUCUGCAAGUGAGGAAGAUGAGGCAGAGACAAAGCAAGUGACUCACCCAAGGUCACCCAUCCAGAAAGUGGCAGGGCCAGGAUUCGAGUCUGGGUCCCGUUAUUUCCAGGCCCAUGAUCUUUCCACUAGGCCAUGCCACUGCCAGCGGGGAAGGAGGUAGUGCCAGGGAUGAGGGAAGAUCGGUAAGGUUUGGUCAAGCGGUUCCCCCACUUGGGUGCUUGCAGCCUGAUGGUGGGAUGGUCAGUCUGAGCCCCACUGUGCUGCAGGGAAACAGGAGCCCCCCAAUUCUGCUCACCCGUGGGGGAGGCCGGCUGACAGCAUGGUCAGGAUCUUCCCUGAGACUGGACCCAAUGGCUGGAGCGGGGCGGAGUUGGAGGGCUCUGGGGGCCGUAACCAAGAGGGGGGACAGGGCGUGAGGCUGGAGGCCCCUUAGGAGAAGGGAGCAGAGGCCCGUCCGUGGUCGUGUGAUCCUGGGCAGUCUGGGGUCAGACAGACAGACAGACAGACAACCCUGGUGGGAGAGAAGCCGGGGUGAACCUGGGGCGGGAUCUGGCGGAAGCAGCCCUGCUCUGGGCUGCUGUGGGAGGGAUGUGCAGGGUGGCAGAGCCUCUGCUGGGGCUUUGGGGCUCUCGUGCCACUGGGGCUACUGCCCCAGGUCUGGGACAGUGAACUCCAGGAGCAACCCAGAGCUCCUUGCUGCCUCCACCCAGGGGUCUGCCUCUUGACAGGAAGAACCCGCUACAGUCUCCAGUCCCCUCUCCCCCCUGCAGCGGGAUCAGAAGCCAGAGCCGCCUCCAUUGCAGAAGUCCAGAGGGCCUGGUGUUUGGCUGGCUCCCACCAAGACCGAGGCCUGAGAGCCCAGAGGUGAGGCUUUGAUACCCACCUGGCCCAUGGAUGGGACCACGGAACCAGGCAGAGCCAGGAGCUCUUGGCAGACAGACAGAAUGGACUUCUGGGCCUGCCUUCAGGCCUGUCUGCCCAGGGAAGUCAGCAACCCAGAGCCCUGGGCUGUUUUCUGGGUUGUGACAUGCCCCGUGAGGUGUCUGAAAGUCCUGAGGAGCAAUAGUCCUUGUCAGAAACUUCCCAUCCGGUGCUGUGUAGCCGGCUAAGUUGAGGCCCAGUUGGGAGGCAGAGCAGGGCCCAAUUUGGGCCCGGGGCAUGAGGGUAGGGAGCCACUAGAAAGCAGCUUAUCCCUGUUAGUUGAGUAGAGGCCAGAACUGAGCCAGCCCUUCCGUGCCCACCUCCCAACCCCUGCCCCUUCCCGGCCACCGUGAUCCAAGCACCUGGGUUGUUGUGAAAAGCAGGUGUUUUUGUUUUUUAAUAAAAUUAGAUAACCCUUG